CUCUUUAAAACGCGCGCCGAGUUGUAGGUUUUUCGUACCACAAACAAAAAGAUGUCACUUGUUGGAGGAUUUACAGAAGUAAAGGACUUUGCAAACAGCAUUGUGAUCGACGAUCUCGCUCGAUUCGCCGUCGAUGAAUACAACAAGAAGCAGAAUACCCUGCUGGAAUUUAGGAAGGUGCUGAAUGCAAAGGAGCAGAUAGUUUCUGGUACAUUGUAUUAUAUCACACUUGAUGCAGCUAAUGGUGGUAUCAUAAAGACUUAUGAAGCCAAGGUUUGGGUUAAGAAAUGGGAAAACUUCAAAGAAUUGCAAGAGUUCAAGCCUGUUGAUGCUGCCACCUCAGUUAUUGGAGGAAUUACAGAAGUAAAGGACUUUGCAAACAGCCUUGAGAUCGAAGAUCUCGCUCGAUUCGCCGUAGAUGAACACAACAAGAAGCAGAAUACCCUGCUGGAAUUUGGGAAAGUACUGAAUGCAAAGGAGCAGAUAGUUGCUGGUAAAUUGUGUUAUAUCACACUUGAAGCAACUGAUGGUGGUGUCAAAAAGACUUAUGAAGCCAAGGUUUGGGUUAAGCCAUGGGAAAACUUCAAAGAAUUGCAGGAGUUCAAGCCUGUUGAUGCUGCCACCCCAGUCAUUGGAGGAAUUACAGAAGUAAAGGACUUUGCAAACAGCCUUGUGAUCGACGAUCUCGCUCGAUUCGCCGUCGAUGAAUACAGCAAGAAGCAGAAUACCCUGCUGGAAUUUGAGAGGGUACUGGAUGCAAAGCAGCAGAUAGUUGCUGGUACAAUGUAUUAUUUCAUACUUGAAGCAACUGUUGGUGGUGUCAAAAACACUUACGUAGCCAAGGUUUUGCUUAAGCCGGACAACUCCAAAGAAUUGAAGGAAUUCAAGCACCUUUAUUGAAGCAGUAAUGGUGUAUGUUCUAUGAUGCAGGCGAGAGUGCCAGGAGACCGCUACCAGGGUGUGAACCUUAAUCUUAUAAAUAAUAUCGUUUUGGUUAAUAAUAAACGGUUCUUGCAUUACAUUGCAAGUUUGUGCCGCUGCUUAUGUUUGCUUAAAUAAUUUCGUUUGGUUAGUAAUAAACGGUUCUUGCAUUACAUUCAAGUUUAUGCCGCUGCGUAUGUUAGUUAGAUGACAUCUAGUAAAUUCUAUCGCAUUAA